AAGAACAUCGUUAAGAACAUUUUCAGCUUAAAAAUGCUAGUAGGGUGAAGAAAGCUAUAUAUUUCGUGAAGAAAAACCACCCAAAAAUCGCAUUAUACAAAAAUUUGACAACAACAAGACAUAUUCUAAGUUUCAAGACAAUUUUAUUGCAACAUUAGAAAAAAAAUCGAUACUUAAAUCCACCCGUUUUAUUCCUCAGAACAGCCGAUUCCAAGCUACGGACGAACAAGCUUCAAAACCAUUGCCUUGGGCUACCUGUGGUCAGAGGGAGGACAGAGGCCGUUACGAGUGUGAGAGCGUAAAAUAGCGACUUUAAAAAAACAGCUUUAAUAAUGAAACUAAGCCCAAAGGAACUUGAAGGAUUACUCAUUCACCAAGUCGGAUUCCUGGCACAGAAGCGCCUUGCCCGAGGAUUAAAGCUCAAUCAUCCGGAAUCAAUGGCUUUGAUAGCUUCCCAGACCCUUGAGCUUAUUAGAGAUGGAAAUUCUGUCUCAGAUGCUAUGGUGAAAGGCCAGAGAAUGCUAGGCAAAAAUCAAGUUUUCCCAGGUGUGGCUCAUCUGGUUGAGGAAGUCCAGGUGGAGGGAACAUUUCCAGAUGGGACUAAGCUGGUGACUAUCCAUAACCCGAUCUGCAGACCGGAUGGGGACUUGGAGCUAGCAUUGUACGGCAGUUUCCUUCCUGUCCCAUCCCUUGACAAAUUCCAGUCAGCCAGCAGUAAUGUGGUUCCCAUGGAGGAAGGGAGCUCAUCCCACAAGCCAGGGGAACUGGUUCCCUCCACCACGGAUGCGAUCACCCUCAACUCAGGCCGCCAAACCGUCCAGAUAAAAGUCACAAGUCUUUGUGACAGACCAAUUCAGAUUGGCAGUCAUUAUCACUUUAUUGAAGUUAACAAGUACCUCAAGUUUGACCGCGCAGCCGCCUACGGCAUGAGACUGAACAUUGCCGCCGGCACCGCAGUACGCUUCGAGCCCGGUGACGUCAAGACUGUGGAGCUAGUGGAGAUAGCGGGGAACAGGGUUAUUCGCGGAGGGAAUGGCCUCGCUGAUGGAAAGGUUUCUGCUGAUGCGCUAGCCGAUGUCAUGAAGAGGGUUGUUGAUCAGGGUUUUAAUCACCAGGAGGAGCCAAAUGUGGUGCCUCCAGUAAAAAGGCAAAGACAAGAUGACCCCUCUACUCUCAGUCAAGUGAAGAUAUCACGCGAACUCUAUGCGCGAACCUUUGGACCUACUGUUGGUGACAAGUUGUGGCUCGGAGACAGCAAUCUUUUGAUAGAAGUUGAGAAAGACUUCACGGUUUACGGUGAUGAGCUAAAAUUUGGCGGAGGAAAGGUUCUCCGCGAAGGCAUGGGUCAGGCUGCCAUGGUUACCAGCAAGGUUGCCUUGGAUACGGUUAUAACGAACGCGCUUAUUGUUGACGCCGUUACAGGAAUCGUGAAGGCCGACGUGGGCCUAAAGGACGGUCGUAUCGUUGGUAUCGGCAAAGCGGGAAACCCGGAUGUCAUGGCUGGAGUGACUGAGGGAAUGGUUGUCGGUGUCGGGACUGAAGCUAUAGCUGGAGAAGGACUGGUCCUAACUGCUGGCGGGAUGGAUGCUCACAUCCACUUCAUCUGCCCUCAGCUUGCAGAUGAAGCAAUUGCAUCUGGCCUAACUACCAUGGUCGGCGGAGGAACAGGACCCGCCACUGGCACAAAUGCAACGACCUGUACCCCCGGUCCCAACCAUAUAAGGGACAUGAUCCAGAGCACAGAUGCAUUUCCAUUAAACUUUGGCUUUACGGGGAAAGGAAACACAUCGCGCUCGGAUGGGGUUGCUGUGGAAUUGGAAGAACAGAUGAAUGCGGGAGCGAUUGGCUUAAAACUCCACGAGGACUGGGGGACCACGCCUGCUGCUAUUGACUGCGCGCUACAGGUGGCGGACAAACACGACGUGCAGAUAACGAUUCACACGGACACGCUAAACGAGUCAUCAUGCGUCGAGCAGACCAUUGAAGCAUUCAAGGGCCGCACUAUCCAUACAUAUCACAGCGAGGAGGCCGGGGGAGGCCACGCCCCUGAUAUUAUCCGGGUGUGCAGUGAGCCAAACGUACUGCCUUCCUCUACAAACCCCACCCGCCCCUACACGGUCAACACCCUGGACGAACAUCUGGACAUGCUGAUGGUCUGUCAUCACUUGGAUAAAAACUUGAAGGAGGACGUGGCUUUCGCUGAGUCGCGAAUCAGAGCAGAGACCAUUGCCGCCGAAGACAUCCUACACGACAUGGGUGCCAUAAGUAUCAUAUCCUCAGAUUCACAGGCGAUGGGGCGUGUCGGGGAAGUCAUCUGUCGAACGUGGCAAACCGCUGACAAGAUGAAGAGAGUCAGAGGGCGCCUGUCAGAAGAAAAGGGCGAGAAUGAUAACCUUCGAGUAAGACGCUACAUCGCCAAGUACACAAUCAAUCCCGCACUGGCUCAUGGGAUGGCACACCUGAUUGGUUCAGUUCAGGUCGGGAAAAUGGCCGAUCUUGUAUUGUGGAAGCCAGCUUUCUUCGGCUCGAAGCCUGAAAUAAUCAUAAAAGGCGGACAAAUCGCAUGGGCGCAAAUGGGUAAUCCAAAUGCAUCGAUACCGACUCCCGAGCCCGUCAGACCUCGGCCAAUGUUUGGAGCGUUCGGUAAAUCCGUCGGCAGGAACUCGGUGAUCUUCGUUAGCCAGAUGUGUGCCAAGAACAAAACAGCAGAGUCAUAUGGCAUCAACAAAGCCAUAGCGCCAAUCAAAGGUUGCCGGUCCGUUAAGAAGAGUAGUAUGGUACUGAACGACUUCAUGCCAGAAAUAACAGUGGACCCACAGAAUUACAAGGUUCAUAUCGCGAACAGGAGCGAUCCAAACAAGAAGGAACACAUCACAUGCGAGCCCGCGAAAACAAUCCCCAUGGCACAGCGGGUAUUCCUGUUCUAAGCGUUCUCGGGGCCAGAGCUUCUCAAAUAUGUAAUAAAUGCAUGUACACCCGGGGAAAACAAUGCAUGCAAAGAUAAGGGUUGACAUCCGGGGUAUUAGAUACUCAAAGUCUCUCCCUGAACCUCCAGGAGUCCAAACAAGGAACCUCAAAAAUGUUUUUAAGUCUUCAUGAAAUCCCACUGACCUCUUUAGCAGAGGUGACAAAACUUAUCACGAUAAAGGGAGAGGGGGCUUAAUUACAAAGAAUGUAUCGAAAAGGCAGUCAUCCCCUGUCCCCCUUAAAAAUUAUCUGCGCGCCAGAAGCGGUUUGCCAUUCAAAAUUUGGGCCGUUCAAGGAUGAUAUUUUACUGACUUUUUAAAACUUAUAGCGUUAUAUAUUUGCAUGUAUUAUAAGUUUGCAUGUUUGCAUGUUUUAUUUUUUUUCUAAAAAUCUAAGAAUAAUUUUGAAAAAAAAUGUAUGGCUAUUGUUAUGAUUGCCGAGCGAGGAACGGACAGCCAGACAGACCUUCCCGCAUCUCUUGACUUGUUGGACAGACGGAAAGCCAGCCAGACAUUCCCGCAUAUUCUCUUGACUUGUUGGACGGACGGACAGCCAGACAGACAUUCCCGCAUAUUCUCUUGACUUGAUGGACGGACGGAAAGCCAGCCAGACAUUCCCGCAUAUUCUCUUGACUUGAUGGACAGACGGUAAGCCAGACAUACAUUCCCGCAUAUUCUCUUGACUUGUUGGACAGAUGAAAAGCCAGACAGACAUUCCUGCAUAUUCUCUUGACUUGUUUGACAGACGGACAGCCAGAUAGACAUUCCGGCAUAUUCUCUUGACGCGCAAUAAAUAUUUCAAAAGUUGUUACACAUUAUCGACCGCUGUCAAUGAGAUUUUUCAUUCGUUUGUAUUCCGAUCAGAAACUUGUAAACCUUGUACUGGCUCUAUGCGAGGAAAAUUGCAUUUUAUUCUUAGAAUCCUCUUGAAUUCCUCUCGGAACAUAGGAUUCAUUACGCCGUAUAUGAAGGGAUUUAUUACUGAGGAAAUCGUGACAAGCCAGGAAUAGAAAAUAUACAUUUCUCGAGGAAAGGAAAGCUUGUCAAGCACCAUGUCGAUGAGAUCGAUUACCAACACAGGCGUCCAGCAUAGCAUGGAUCCUACGACAGUCAAGAAGAGAGUACGUGUGACUUUGAUUUCCUGGAUGUUUGGUCGAGACAAGGAAUUAUUGUUUUGUUGUAUGUUAGCUUGGAUUUGGUGACUGCGAAUAUUAUGACACACAUCGGGAUGAAAACGUUCACAUAAGCAAACAAUGUACUUGGUUGAUGAUUACUCGAUUUUUGGAAACAAAAGCACUUUCCUGGGCUGAAAGAAUAUCUCUCGCCGCUAGCAAGAUACUGAACUGGUGCGACUGAAGCCAAUAACCAAGUUCCACAAAUAUAGAGUUUUGUACGCAAUGGUGUGAACAGCAAUCGAUAAUAGUUCGUGCGUACCACUCGGAAGUACCGAUUGACAGCCAUGACUGCCAAGAGAAGUAACGAGACACUAGC